CUUAGGUUACAUACUUUCGCUGUCAGAGGGAAAUUUUAGACCAAUGGAGAGGCUGAAGAAUGUGAGAAAGAUUAUAUGUGCUAGUUGACAUUUAAUCUAUAGGUGCCUGCUUGGCCCUUACAAUAUUUAAAUUUCUGUUCUUACCCGACAGACUCCAUUUCGAGUACGUCAGUUUUAAACUUUUCAGAAUCUUGAAGAGCCCAUCCAAUGUUGGAUCUGCAAACUUGGAAAAAGUUUUAGUUGGUAAUUUUAAUAGCCUAUUGCAUAAAAGAGGUUGAGAAGACUUCCAGAUACUUCUGGUAAAAGAUAGCUAAGAAACAUUACAAAAGGCUAUCGCUCUCCAACUCUGAACUUACAAACCCACCAUUGCUAAUUCUGGAGGAAUGUGGCGAUCUUUGUUAUAGUUUUACCAAAGUUGCAGUUUAGCUCCAGAUUAGCCGUGUUGUUGACAAAUUCAGGUUUUCACAAAGUUGUCGGCUUGAACAAUAUUAACUGAAUGUGACAUCCACUUCGAUAAUUCGUCAAUGACGAGUUUGAUCCCACUCUGACUCCAGAAACCUGAAGAUCUCAAAGAUACAGAAAUGUAGUAUUUGGAUAUUCAGACGAGCUCGGAAGUUUUCAAAGAAUUCUGUGAUGUCACUAAGAUCUCAUUAUUUGCCAGAAUCUAUAUAAACUUUGGAAGCAUUUUAAUAAUAAAUUUUAUCUAUUACAAUGAUUGACACAUCUUUCGACAAUUCUUCAUCAGCCAAAAUUGGACAAGAAGCAUUGCUGUUGGUGGACAACUCUCCGAGCAAGCUUCCUGGCUUGAACACCACUUUCACAGACUGCUCACUACCUAUCGAAAUGAGUCUUGACCACAAGCCAGUUCUGCAGAUCCCAUCAGCUAUAUCAGUGCUGAAGAAAGAGCAAGAUCCUCUGAAGACUCUGAUCGAAGACCACAUUCCUCGGAAGCUCACUGCAGCUUCUAACAAAGACACUCCCAUUUUUGAGAGGCUCAAAUUGAAACAUCUGGAUGCCCAUCUCAGAAAUGAAUUCGUCCCUGACAAUUUCUCUCAGAAAGAUAUACCCAAAGAGUUCUCCAAGUACACAAUUGAAGUGUACACAAGUCUACACGACCUGAUCCACGACUCAGUGCUGCCACAGUGGGUCCACUACUUGACACAGAAGCGAGAACGUACUGCUUCGAUCUGAGGCAAAAAGAGAGCAGACACCUUCAAAAAGAAAAUCCUCAGAGACCUCCGUGAAUUCUACAGAAUUUUGUUCAGAAAACGCUUCAGCAGCAAAGAGUUCAAGAGCAAGCAAGGCAUGGUAUCCUGAGUACAGAAGAUUUUCAGCGAAAUGCAGUGCUUCGACGCCUCCGAAGAUGACUUACAAGACUACCACUUGUUCAGGUAUUUCCACCAGACCCACUACUGAACUCUCAACAAAGUGUUGGAUGGCGACGAGCGCACCAGUGAGUCUUACUUUGCUGUUGAGAAGUACAACGACCGCAAGUUCGUGAGCUUCCUGAAACACCCCCUGACAGCCCAGAUGUUCUACUUCGUGUACACCAACUUCAUGGAAGUGUACAGUCCAGAGAUCAAGCCUGAGUACAGAGACCGAGUCACGAAGAUGAUCACCAAUAUUCUUUCGUUUUACCAAAACUGUGGAGAAGUUGGAGAUCUGGACCGGAUGACUUCAGAUUUGUUUUUAUCCUAA